AUGUCCUCUGAAUCCCUCGGCUUGUCCCAAGGCAACACCUCCAGACGCCGCUCUGGCUCAAACUCGAACGCUGGUCCUUCCGGCAUCCCCUCCUUACGCUCCCUUCGCUCCCUACUUCCCUUCGGUCCUUCCAAGAACUCCACCCCCGCACGCACACCCUCCAAAGCUGCAACCAAGUCUCCAACGAAGGACGGCAGCUUCUACCAUGGCAAGUCCAUGUCCAUGUCGAUCGGCGCCUCACCCCAGCCCGCGCACACCUCGACGCCCGUCCGCGGUGCACUUUCGUCCUUCACGCGCAAGGCAUCCGCGACCGCCUCCCUCGGAAGGGACCGCAAGGGAUCCCUGAGCAAGGAGACGCCGACGCGCACUUCUUUUGCGUGGGACCCGAACAUGGCCAAGUCGCUGCCCUCGCGCGAUAGGAAUACCGCCUUCUCCGCGCUCCCUGUGAUUUCGAUACACCGAAAUUUCUCAGAGGCGGCGGGCGGGGUCAACGAGUUGGAGAAGGAGCUCAACACGCGCCGGCCUGGUCCGCAGCGCGAUCUUGGGAGCCGGACCUCUUCCUCGAUAUCAAGGCUGGAUAAGCCGUUACCAUUGGAACCGGGCGGGCUCAGCCCCGCCCCUUCCACACAACAACUAGAGCUGGACAGCGGCGCAGGUACACUCUAG